CGAGCUUCACUGGCGGAGUCUUUGGGAGAUUUUGAGGGCAAUGCGUGCUACUGCUUCCAUUCGCUGACAAACUACUUGUAUUUCUACCACUGUGCCACGAGACAGACACAAGGAUCCUUUGACGAACACUGGCGAAGACCGGGGAGGAAUAUCAAACAGCGUGUUUCAAUAAGCGGACCGGUGGGUGCAUGCACACUACAAACGGGAGAAAAAAAACUUGUGAAGGAAAGAUGCCACGUACCCAUGGCAGGAAAGGGGGAACAGCGGUAGGCAGCGCUUUAGCAAAACAAAAUUGAAACGAGCACAUAUACAAUCGGGCGCAGUGGCAAUAGGCGACUGUUUAGCCUGCAUGAUCAUUGAUUUAGGAUUGGAUUUUGUUCUGCGUGCGUGGAGGAGACACAAACGGUGAGAAAAGCAACAUCAGCGCCCAAAACAAUCCGGAUAAAAACCAUGACGACAGGGAAAUUUUACUUGUUUAUUUUAUCUGCGGCUUUUCUAGCCGAACUGCGGUGUGUCUCGCAAAAGACCACAACGGGGGAAACUCUCCCUACCGCCGGGUUCAUCAAUAACAGUGGGGAUACUAGCAGCAAAAAGGACACCAACCAAACCUACAAUUCCAGACUUAAGAGGAAAAAUCUGUCGGUGGAUUUCGCAAUCCCUGCUCUCUUGCGGAACUACCUGUCUGUUUUCGUAAAGCGCCCGCUGAACGGGGAUUGCCGAAAUUUUAAUGGAUGCUAUUCGGUGCGGUCUAACUUGAGGAUGCACUGCAUACCUUUGCAAAAAAUCGUAUCUAGUUUACUUGAGACAAAUUUGGCGGAAUCGGACGGUUUAGAGAAGGAGAAUGUCACGGGCACUGGACAGCUCCCUUUCAGGCACAAGCGACCGCUGUCCAACGUUCUGAAUUUGGGGUUGGCUCGAAAAACUAACCAAGUUGUCGUAGAGGUGGGGGAAGAACUGGUCCGGACGUUGUGCGGUGGACUGACAAGCGAAGAUGAUGCCCCGUUUUCUUUCAUGGAGCUGGACCUCAGCAGCAUUUUGGAAUGGUGGCUUGGAGCCGAAGGGGGCAGGCUGAGGGUCCGGAUCAUGCCCGAGAAACGAGCGCAGGUUCCGGGAAAGGAAGAGAAGUACUCAGCCGCGAUCAGAGCGGCAGAUCCCCGCCUCUUUCUUGAGAUCGCCUCCCGUGGUACCGCUUGGUCCAGUUCCUCUGGGCGAGCCCCGCGAGGGUUCUGGAACUUCACCUGGACUGCCGAGGACGAGCUGAGCUUCCCGGAGGAAAUGACAUCAUGGGAGUUCAGAUGCCAUGGCAACAGAGAGGAGUGCGGCAGGCCCUCCGGUGGGAGCCCGAAAUUCAGCUGGAGUCUGAUGGCGGCUCAGAGCUCCUGGGAGGCCGGGCCGGACAGCGUGCAGAGGGGCACCAGGCUCCCGGACUGGGAGGAAGGGCAGUUCCUGUGGGUGAACUCUUCGGCCCUGGGGGGCCCCUGGGUGCUGAGCCCGUGGCUGUGGGGGGGUUCCCACACGUGUGGCCUGGACAUGGCCCUGUUCCUGCACCCCCAACAAAAUGGCCGCUACGCCGUGUGGCUGUCGCCGCGAAACGGCCCUCCCAUCACCCUCCUCUCCAUGGACAAGCCGCGCCGCCCGGGCUGGGCGGUCCUGCGGCUCGUCCUGGGGUCCCAGAGCACCCCCUUCCGAAUCUCCUCCAGCUACCGGACGCCCAACGACCGGGACUCUGCCACAUUCGGCCCCCUCUUCACCACAAACUGCACCGUGGGGACGUCCCCCACCCCCCAGAUCGCACUCCAGGGGCAGUACCAGUGUCACCAGGGGCCCGAGAUCUCCAUGGGGCGGAAGUGCGACUUCAGCGCCGACUGUCCGUUCGGGGAUGACGAGGGGGAGAUGUGCCGUCGGUUUCUGAAUGGCACCUACUGCUCGUUUGAAGAUGGCGACUGUGGUUGGCGGCCGGUCUCACUCAGAGGCCCAAAAUGGAGGGUCACUGAGGCACAGCCAGGGGGUGCCACACCUCGCUGUCCUUCUUCAGGAGGUGUAAUGAUGGUGGACAGUACCCAGUCCAGAGGGCAGCAGGGAGCAGCUUCAGUGAGGAGCCCUCUGUUCCCCCCACCACUCAGGAACUCCCGCUGUGAGGUGCGGUUCUGGCUGUGUUCCGGAGGCCCCCACAGGGGGGCGCUGUCCCUGCUGCUGGCGGAGAACAGCACUGGGCCGGAGAAGCUGCGCAGACUGUGGCAUGCUGGGAUUGAGGAGGACCGGGAGGACGGGGACAGGGAGCCUGGCUGGAGACUGGUCACCGUCCCUCUGUACAACCUGACUGACUGGUUUUGGCUACAGUUUACAGCCAGUGGGGUGUCCGGACGGGGGUCCCAUGUCAAACUGGACAACCUCUCCCUCAGCAUGGACUGUUUUCUGACAUCUAACGGGGAGUUCCCGCCUGUGGUUACCAUCCAGAACGUCAGGACGACCACCCCGGCCCAGAGAAAUCCGAGCGAAACCAAAGUCGCGGCACCGGAGAUAACAGAUCACUCCAGCAGAUGGACGUUUCACACCUGCGGGGCCACAGGCCCUGAGGGGCCCAACCGCGUGCAGUGCACCAACGCCUACCGGCACAGCAACGUCAACGUCACCGUGCUGACCGAGGGGCCGAUCAAGGGCGUGCAGGUGUGGAGGGUCCCCGAGACACGCGCAUACAGGAUUACAGGCUGCGGGGCUGCGGGCGGUCGCAGCGUAUUGGCCAGUUCCAGGUCACAUGGUGUGUACAUGAUGGCGGACUUCCUGCUGCAGAAGGAUGAGCUGCUGUACAUCCUGGUGGGACAACAGGGAGAGGACGCCUGCCCCAAUGCUGACCGCAGCCUCAACAAGAUCUGCACGGACCAGGUCUACAACAAGAGUCUGGCCAGGCCGGGGGGCGGAGGCGGGGGAGGAGGAGCGACCUACGUCUUCAAGAUGGAGAGGGGCGUCCCUGUGCCCCUGCUUGUUGCAGGCGGUGGUGGGGGGCGGGGCUACCAGAGCAGCCAAUCAGAAAGCCAGAUAGAGGAUUUGGACAGAGACCCCCGGGUUCCGGGACGCAAUGGGCGGUCAGGAGCUGCAGGUGGGGGCGGGGGCUGGAACGACACUAAUCUGGUGCCUCGAGGGGGCAGACCUCUGGUGCUGGGGGGCCAGGGGGGGCAGUCCUGUCCCUACGGCUGGCCAACCAGAGGGGGCUUCGGUGGAGGGGGCGGAGCCUGUUCGUCAGGCGGGGGAGGUGGGGGUUACAGAGGUGGCAGCACGCCGGCGGAAAACGACCCCCGGAAAGACGGGAAGGACGGGUCUUCCUUCAUCAGCCCGGACGGCGUGACCUUCAUCGAGCCCCUGAAAGGCAUGGAGAGCCACGGGGAGGUGAUCAUCGCCCCGGCUCAGAACUGCAGUCACUGUGAGUCGGGGGAAUGUCACGACGCGGGGGAGGGGCCGACCUGUCUCUGCUACGACGACCUGGUCCUGGACAAGGACGGCAUGUCCUGCAUCAACCACACAGAGGCGAUUCUCCUGCCCUUGCCCCUGUCCAAGCUGGCCCUGGGUCUGUCUGUGGGGACAUCCGCUCUCAUCGCUGCCCUGCUGCUGGCCGUGUCUGGAGUCAUGAUCAUGUACAGACGCAAACACACAGAGCUGCAGGCCAUCCAGCUGGAGCUGCAGAGUCCGGACUGUAAGCUGAGCAAACUGAGGGCCUCCACCAUCAUGACUGACUACAACCCCAACUACUGCUUCGCCGGCAAGACAGCCUCCGUCACCGACCUGAAGGAGGUGCCCCGGCGCAACAUCUCCCUCACCAGGGGCCUGGGGCACGGUGCGUUUGGGGAGGUGUAUGAGGGCCUGGCGGUGGGCAUCCCGGGAGAACCCAGCCCCAUGCAGGUAGCAGUCAAGACUCUGCCAGAAGUGUGCUCUGAGCAGGACGAACUGGACUUCCUCAUGGAGGCACUUAUUAUCAGUAAGUUCAGUCAGCAGAACAUCGUGCGCUGUAUAGGAGUGAGCCUGCAGGCUCUGCCUCGCUUCAUCCUGCUGGAGCUGAUGGCAGGAGGAGAUCUCAAGAGCUUCCUGAGAGAGACCAGACCCCGGCUGGAGCAGCCCUCCAGUCUCUGCAUGGUGGAUCUGCUGAACGUGGCGCGGGACAUUGCUCGGGGGUGCCAGUACCUGGAGGAGAACCAGUUCAUCCACAGGGACAUCGCCGCCCGCAACUGCCUGCUCACCUGCAAAGGGCCCAACCGCGUGGCCAAGAUAGGCGACUUCGGCAUGGCCCGAGACAUCUACAGGGCCAGUUACUACAGGAAGGGUGGGCGUGCGAUGCUUCCAGUGAAGUGGAUGCCCCCAGAAGCGUUCAUGGAGGGGAUCUUCACUUCCAAAACGGACACAUGGUCCUUUGGAGUGCUGCUUUGGGAGAUUUUCUCUUUGGGAUACAUGCCGUACCCUAGCCGAAGCAACCAGGAAGUUCUGGAGUUUGUGACCAAUGGGGGCAGGAUGGACCCGCCCAAAAACUGCCCGGGACCAGUGUAUCGGAUAAUGACGCAGUGUUGGCAGCACCAGCCAGACGACAGACCCAACUUCUCUACCAUCCUGGAGAGGAUUGACUACUGUCUACAGGACCCCGACGUGGUGACGGUGCCCCUGCCGGUGGAGUACGGCCCCGUUCCGGAGGAAGAGGAGCGGGGGACCCACCCUCUCUCCGAGGACCCCGCCCCCGCGGCCCCCGCCUCCCUGCAGGAGCCCCCCCCGCCGCAGGAGGGCAAGAGAGAGGCGGAGCCCGCCCGCCAACCUCAGCCUAACCCCGCCACCGCGGUACAGCCGCAGCCACACCCCCGCCAGACGCAAGCCCCGCCCCCCACCGCCGCCGCCGCCGCCGCCGUUAAGCCCCGCCCGUCCCAGCCGGGCGCCGAGGGGGGGGCGGGGGGCGGCCACGUGAACCUGGGGUUCAGCCAGGGGCAGCCGGCGGAGCGGGAGGGCAGGAACGGGAAGCCCACGAACCUGUGGAACCCCACGUACGGGUCCUGGUUCCUGCAGCAGCAGAGGCAGGCGGCCGCCCAGGCGGCGGCACAGGCGCAGGCCGCGGGCCACGCGGGGGCCCAGGCCGGGGUGCGGGGGCCCGGGGAGGGGCAGGAGCAGGCCCCGCACCCGGGCCGGACUGUGGGGGAGGUGCCCGGGGGAGCGCUGGGCCUCCAGCUCCAGCUGCAGCAGCAGGGCCUGUGCAGGCCGCUGCUGCCCCCGCCCGCCCCCCUGCUGCUGGACUCGGCCGCCCUGCCCCCCGUGCCCCUCUACAGACUGCGCCGGUUCCCCUGCGGGACGGUGGGGUACGGCUACCAGGAGCAGGGGCUGCCGCUGGAAUCCGCCCCGGCCGCGCCCGCGGCCCCUCCCCCGCACCCGCAGCCCCCGCCCGUCGGCCGCGCGGGCGCCGUCGCCGAGGACAACCGCCCUCUGCUCGUCACCAUGGGAACGGCCGCCCUGCAGGACCCCAGGCUGGCCGUGAUAGAAGGGCACAACGCCACAGUGCUUUAA